UUCUCGUCGUUGCAACGAUGGCUAGCGCUGGAGGAAAGCAAGCGCCGAAAAUUGUCUCCAAAUCAAAUGCUGGAGGCACCGGUGCGGCGGGGGCUAGCGGCGGGCCCCCGAUAAUGCCCCUCGCCUCUCCGCUGAUGGGGAAAAAGAAGAAGCCGUUUCUGGGGAUGCCCGCUCCGCUGGGCUAUGUUCCCGGUCUUGGCAGAGGUGCUACUGGUUUUACCACCCGGUCUGAUAUCGGUCCUGCUCGUGAUGCCAACGAUCCAGUAGAUGACCGACAUGCACCCCCAGGGAAGAGGACAGUUGGAGACCAAAUGAAAAAGAACCAAGAUGAUGAUGAUGAAGAUCUGAACGACACAAACUAUGAUGAGUUUAAUGGAUACGCAGGUAGCUUGUUCUCCAGUGGGCCCUAUGAGAAGGAUGAUGAAGAAGCAGAUGCUAUAUAUGCAGCACUCGAUAAGAGGAUGGAUGAAAGACGCAAAGAAAGAAGGGAGCUGAGAGAAAAGGAAGAAAUUGAGAAAUACCGUAUGGAGCGACCCAAAAUCCAGCAGCAGUUCUCAGAUCUAAAGAGGAAGUUGGCAGAGGUUUCAGAGGAGGAGUGGCUGAGCAUCCCUGAGGUGGGCGAUGCCAGGAAUAAGCGCCAGAGAAAUCCUCGCUAUGAGAAACUCACCCCUGUCCCCGACAGCUUCUUCUCCAAACACCUGCAGACCGGAGAAAACCACACCACCGUUGACCCUCUGCAAGGGCUGGGAGGUCUGAACACACCUUACCCAGGAAGCAUGACCCCUGGCUUGAUGACACCUGGGACAGGAGAGCUGGACAUGAGGAAAAUCGGCCAGGCCAGGAACACACUCAUGGAUAUGAGGCUCAGCCAGGUGUCUGACUCAGUGAGCGGACAGACGGUGGUAGAUCCAAAGGGUUACCUAACAGACCUCAACUCCAUGAUCCCCACACAUGGAGGAGACAUCAGUGACAUCAAGAAGGCUCGUCUGCUACUGAAAUCAGUGAGGGAGACCAACCCUCAUCACCCGCCUGCCUGGAUUGCCUCUGCCAGGCUGGAGGAGGUGACUGGGAAACUGCAGGUUGCCAGGAACCUGAUCAUGAAGGGCACAGAGAUGUGUGUUAAGAGUGAGGAUGUGUGGUUGGAGGCAGCCAGGCUGCAGCCCGGUGACACAGCCAAAGCCGUGGUUGCCCAGGCUGUCCGCCACCUGCCACAGUCCGUCCGCAUCUACAUCCGAGCUGCAGAGCUGGAGACAGACGUCAGGGCCAAGAAACGAGUCCUCAGGAAAGCCCUGGAGAAUGUGUCCAAGUCAGUUCGACUGUGGAAGACGGCUGUAGAGCUGGAGGAGCCAGAGGAUGCCAGGAUCAUGCUUAGCAGAGCUGUAGAGUGUUGCCCUACGAGUGUGGAGCUGUGGUUGGCAUUGGCCCGGUUAGAGACGUAUGAAAAUGCCCGUCGUGUCCUGAACAAAGCUCGAGAGAACAUCCCCACUGAUCGCCACAUCUGGAUCACUGCUGCCAAGUUGGAGGAGGCCAAUGGUAACACUCAGAUGGUGGAUAAGAUCAUUGACAGAGCCAUUACUUCUCUACGCGCCAACGGUGUUGAGAUCAACAGAGAGCAGUGGAUACAGGAUGCAGAGGAGUGUGACAAAGCAGGCAGUGUGGCAACCUGCCAGGCCGUGAUAAGGGCUGUCAUAGGGAUAGGCAUCGAGGAGGAGGACCGGAAACACACCUGGAUGGAGGAUGCAGAUAGUUGUGUGGCCCAUGGAGCGCUGGAGUGUGCCAGGGCCAUCUAUGCCCAUGCUCUGCAGGUGUUUCCCAGCAAAAAAAGUGUCUGGCUUAGAGCUGCUUACUUUGAGAAAAAUCAUGGCACCAGGGAGUCUUUGGAGGCCCUGCUCCAAAGGGCUGUGGCUCACUGUCCCAAGGCAGAGGUCCUUUGGCUGAUGGGGGCCAAGUCCAAGUGGCUGGCUGAGGAUGUGCCUGCAGCCAGAAGUAUCCUCGCUCUGGCCUUCCAGGCUAAUCCAAACAGUGAAGAAAUUUGGCUGGCUGCUGUCAAGCUGGAGUCUGAGAAUAAUGAGUAUGAAAGAGCCCGUCGACUGCUGGCCAAGGCCCGCAGCAGUGCCCCAACAGCCAGGGUGUUUAUGAAGUCAGUGAAGUUGGAGUGGGUGCUGGGGAACAUAAAAGCUGCCCAGGAAUUGUGCACAGAGGCCCUGAAACACUAUGAGGACUUCCCAAAACUUUGGAUGAUGAAAGGCCAGAUAGAAGAGCAGUGUGAAAACAUGGACAAGGCUAGAGAAGCCUACAGCCAAGGGUUGAAAAAGUGUCCCCACUCGGUGGCCCUGUGGUUGCUGAUGUCUCGCCUUGAAGAAAGAGUGGGCCAGCUGACCAGAGCCAGAGCAAUCCUGGAGAAGGCGCGGCUCAAGAACCCCCAGAGCCCUGAGCUAUGGUUGGAGUCGGUCAGGCUGGAGUUCCGGGCUGGAAUGAAGAACAUCUCCAACACACUGAUGGCGAAAGCGCUGCAGGAGUGUCCCAAUUCAGGUAUCCUGUGGGCUGAGGCAGUGUUUUUGGAAGCCAGACCCCAGAGGAAGACUAAAAGUGUUGAUGCUUUGAAGAAGUGUGAACAUGAUCCCCAUGUCUUGCUCGCUGUAGCCAAGUUGUUCUGGAGUGAGCGCAAGAUUACCAAAGCUAGAGAGUGGUUCCUAAGGACAGUGAAGAUUGAGCCAGACCUUGGAGAUGCUUGGGCACUCUUCUACAAGUUUGAACUGCAGCACGGCACAGAGGAACAGCAGGAAGAGGUGAGAAAGCGCUGCGAGAACGCAGAGCCCCGCCAUGGAGAGCUGUGGUGUGCCGAGUCCAAACACGUCCUGAACUGGCAGAAGAAGACAGGAGAGAUCCUAGCAGAGGUAGCCAGGAAGAUCAAGAACACAUUCUGAAUCUGAGGAAAUCUAGACUGAAUACACCUGGAGGACUGCAGGAAACAGCUAUGGACAUGCUCAACUAUUGUUCUCUACCAGGACUUGCUAAUCUGCUGCAGAUACAAAGUAUUCACACGUUCCCUUUUUCAUGUUCUAUGUUUUACAAAAUUGAACCACAGUUUGUGUACUAAUCAACAGAAAAUGAUGUGUUGAUUUCUAAGUGAAAACAAAUCUCCAAAAAUUUUGACAUAAGUACAAGUAUAAAACUCAAACUCACAGAUUAAAGCGAGUAAGUACUAACAUCAGGAGAUUUUCGUGGAUCAGGUAGCAAUGGGACUGUGUGAACUGCAGUUUUCAAGUGAGGUUUGAUUCUACCACUCCAGGACAAUAGUAUUGUUUUUCAGUAAUCUGCGUAGGUUAUGCUUUAUUUUUUAAGUAUUUGUCUCACUGGGAAGUGAACUUUCUCCCAGGUGUGCUUGCAGACUGCUGCAGAUUGUCCUCUGGGAUUUCACUGUGUUUUGCUUCCUUCCUCCACUGUGUUUUGGUCUCCCAACACUCGCUUUUUUCAGUUUGCUUCUCCUUGCAACACUGCCAUGAAGCUGCACCUGGUGAAUCACCCAGGCAACAGUCGUUGUUUGAGUAAUUCUCCGAAGAACGAGAAAAAACAGAAACAACUCUGCUGGUGAAGUCCUGGCUUAAUUCAGGUCAUGAAUCUGUAAAUUGUCUUUAAUUUCGUCUUCUGACAACUCGUAAGUGGUGGCAGACAUCUUUUGUUAUUUAAACCCAGCCAGGACGACCCACGUUGUCUACAAGUGUUUACAGGUCUCUGCUGUUGGUCCACGUAGUGUUUUGUUAAACAGCUGCACGAGCUGUCUACUCAGGCCCAUAUACUGUCAGCGGCGUGUGCCACUUCUGUGUAUCCAUGCAACCGAUAAUGUCAAGUCUAAUAAUUGGCAUCAGCUGUAAUGAUGUAGGUGUCAUAUUAAAGGGAACUUAAGGUUCUUUUGUUUUACAUUUGUACUAAAUUAGGACAAAUGUUUUGUGCUGAUUGUUGUCUAAAUUCUAAUUUCAGCCGCUGCUGUUGUCAGAAUAAUAAAAUGAGCAUGAAAAAUCAUAAAUCAAAAUGAAGAAUUAAAAUAAGUAGUGAGGCCAAGAAAUAUACAAAACACAUGUUGAUUCCACCUUUACAGUGUGUUUUGGCUCAACUCUCCAUUGUGUGAACAGGUAUUAUCAUCAUCAAAAGAAAUGCGCCUGGAAAAAACUUGUGAGGAAUUUUCUUUGUCCAUCUUGUAAGAGGUCCAGAUUUGACUAUGUCUGUUUAGCUGUGUAUAUAAACUCCUUGUCAGGGACAAUGACAUGAUUUCUCAUGUUGUAGUAAUGAACUGCUUUUUUACGUAGUUUUUCUUGAAAUGUGUUUAAAUUCUUUGCAGUCAUCCAAUAAACAAAGAACAC